CAGCCUCCUGUGGCACAGACACAGACACACGCACGCACACACUCCAUGACAGCCAGGUAAGCGGAUGACUGGAGAACACAUACAGAGGUAUAGAAACACCAGGAGGCAAACAAUUACAUUCACACACAGCAACUACUGAAUAAACUGAGGUGUUUCAAGUGUGCACUAUUUCCCUGGUUUUUACUGAGAUCUCUGAUAGAUAUGAAAUAGCCAGUGUUUCACUGAUGUUUCACCAUCCGUCUCCCAAGGGGAGAGAGGGAGGAGGAAGAGGAGUAGACAUGUAUGCACGUGGGACUCCAUGCCUGGAGAAGGGAGAUGUCUAACCAAGCACAAACAAACAAAGGCUAAUGUGAAAAAACAGCAUCUGAAAUUGUGCAUAAACCAGUAGGGGCUGCAUAGCCUAGCCAGGCAUGUCUUCAUUCUGCUACGGGCAUGAGUCGGCCCUCACCAGCAACACUACACACACACACACAUGCUUCAACAUUUAUGAAGGUCUGAUAUCAACAAUUGUAUUACUUAUUAUUGUCAUAUGAAACUAUCAACAAGAUUUGAUGAAAUAAUCUACCUCCUCUGCAUACCAAUUUGAUGCAUUAUCACCCAUGAUAAUCUAAUCUGCCCCUAUAUUAUAUUGCUAUCAUAACCCUGUAUCAUGCCAUAAAUUAUGACGGACUUGAUGGCCCAAAACACAUACACCCACACAUACACAUAUACAAACACACACACCUGGACCAAAAGACCACUGAUAUCCAACACCACACUCACUCAUUAACACUUCCUCUCCUUCCAUCUUCAAAAGCAGAGAGCUGCUGACUGCCAUGCCAGUAUAUACUGUAAUAUCACGCUCAUUACCAGGGACAGCACAUCAAAGCAGAUGGGAGAGCAUGAUUAGCUGGCCCAGACUGGUGAUGUGUUACAGCCAGCCACGCAUCUACAGAAAAAACACCAUGGCGAUUGUGUCUAAUUAAAGGUGUGAUAUGUCAUGAUAGGGUAUAGAUAAUUUGCAUGUGCUGAUAUUUCUGGCCAAGCUUUCACAGCUAAUGGAUAAUAGAGUACCUCAAAACACCUCCAACUACUGAAUAGACGUAUCAACAAAGAGAUGUGCCAUACUGUCAUUAAAGGAUCAAUUUUUAGAUGUUGUAUUAGUAUGCAUCAUAUCAGCUAGCAUCAACCUUUGUUUGUACUGUAUCAGUCAUAUUUAGAGGUGGUUGGAUAGCAUUAUGGUUCAGAAAGUAUCAAAUAAUAACUCUCACCAAUAGCCAACACUUCUCUAACUGUCUAGUCAUAUUGCACGAUCUCCGUCUUGUCAAAAGUGUGCCAUUAAAGAAAGAUUUUCUUGGUGAAACGAAUGUAUUUAUUUAUUUUUUAUUUCACCUUUAUUUAACCAGGUAAGCCAGUUGAGAACAAGUUCUCAUUUACAACUGCGACCUGGCCAAGAUAAAGCAAAGCAGUGCGAUAAAAACAACAACAACACAGAGUUACAUAUGGAAUAAACAAAACAUACAGUCAAUAACGCAAUAGAAAAUCUAUAUACAGUGUGUGCAAAUGUAGUAAGUUAUGGAGGUAAGGCAAUAAAUAGGCCAUAGUGCAAAAUAAUUACAAUUUAGUAUUAACACUGGAGUGAUAGAUGUGCAGAAGACGAUGUGCAAAUAGAGAUACUGGGGUGCAAAUUAGCAAAACAAAUAACAAUGUAAAUAACAAUAUGGGGAUGAGGUAGUUGGGUGGGCUAAUUACAGAUGGGCUGUGUACAGGUGCAGUGAUCGGUAAGCUGCUCUGACAACUGAUGCUUAAAGUUAGUGAGGGAGAUACGUGUCUCCAGCUUCAGAGAUUUUUGCAGUUCGUUCCAAUCAUUUGCAGCAGAGAACUGGAAGGAAUGGUGGCCAAAGGAGGUGUUGGCUUUGGGGAUGACCAGUGAGAUAUACCUACUGGAACGCAUACUACGAGUGGGUGUUGCUAUGGUGACCAAUGAGCUAAGAUAAGGCAGGGAUUUGCCUAGAAGUGAUUUAUAGAUGACCUGGAGCCAGUGGGUUUGGCGACAAAUAUGUAGUGAGGGCCAGCCAACGAGAGCGUACAGCUCACAAUGGUGUGUAGUAUAUGGGGCUUUUGUGACAAAACGGAUGGCACUGUGAUAGACUACAUCCAAUAUGCUGAGUAGAGUGUUGGAAGCUAUUUUGUAAAUGACAUCGCCGAAGUCAAGGAUCGGUAGGAUAGUCAGUUUUACGAGGGCAUGUUUAGCAGCAUGAGUGAAGGAGGCUUUGUUGCGAAAUAGGAAGCCGAUUCUAGAUUUAACUUUGGAUUGGAGAUGCUUAAUGUGAGUCUGGAAGGCGAGUUUACGGUCUAACCAGACACCUAGGUAUUUGUAGUUGUCCACAUAUUCUAAGUCAGACCGGCCGAGAGUAGUGAUUAUAGUCGGGCGGGCGGGUGCAAGCAGCGUUCGAUUGAAGAGCAUGCAUUUAGUUUUACUAGCGUUUAAGAGCAGUUGGAGGCCACGGAAGGAGUGUUGUAUGGCAUUGAAGCUCGUUUGGAGGUUUGUUAACACAGUGUCCAAUGAAGGGCCAGAUGUAUACAAAAUGGUGUCGUCUGCGUAGAGAUGGAUCUGAGAGUCACCAGCAGCAAGAGAGACAUCAUUGAUAUACACAGAGAAUAGAGUCGGCCCAAGAAUUGAACCCUGUGGCACCCCCAUAGAGACUGCCAGAGGUCCAGACAACAGGACCUCCGAUUUGACACAUUGAACUCUAUCUGAGAACCACUAAGGUACCUGCCUGGGGAUCUCAGACGAUACGAAAGAGAGGUUGAACAGGCUAGUAAUGGGGGUUGCGACAAUUUCUGCGGCUAAUUUUAGAAAGAAAGGGUCUAGAUUAUCUAGCCCAGCUGAUUUGUAGGGGUCCAGAUUUUGCAGCACUUUCAGGACAUCAGCUAUCUGAAUUUGGGUGAAGGAGAAGCGGGGGGGGGGGGGGGGGGGGGGGGGGGGGGGGGGGGCAUGGGCAAGUUGCAGCGGAGGAUGCAGAGCUGGUGGCCGGGGUAGGGGUAGCCAGGUGGAAGCAUGGCCAGCCGUAGCAAAAUGCUUAUUGAAAUUCUCAAUUAUCGUAGAUUUAUCGGUGGUGACAGUGUUUCCUAGCCUCAGUGUAAGGGGUAGCUGGGAGGAGGUGCUCUUAUUCUCCAUGGACUUUACAGUGUCCCAAAACUUUUUGGAGUUAGUGCUACAGGAUGCAAAUUUCUGUUUGAAAAAGCUACCCUUUGCUUUCCUAACUGAUUGUGUAUAUUGGUUCCGGACAUCCCUGAAAAGUUGCAUAUCGCGGGGGCUGUUCGAUGCUAAUGAAGUAUGCCACAGGAUGUUUUUGUGCUGGUCAAGGGUAGUCAAGUCUGGGGUGAACCAGGGGCUAUAUCUGUUCUUAGUUCUGCAUUUUUUGAAUGGGGCAUGCUUAUUUAAGAUGGAGAGGAAAGCACUUUUGAAGAACAUCCAGGCAUCCUCUACUGACGGAAUAAGGUCAAUAUCCAUCCAGGAUACCCGGGCCAGGUCAAUUAGAAAGGCCUGCUCGCUGAAGUGUUUUAGGGAGCCUUUGACAGUGAUGAGGGGUGGUCAUUUGACCGCGGACCCAUUACGGACGUAGGCAAUGAGGCAGUGAUCGCUGAGAUCCUGGUUGAAGACAGCGGAGGUGUAUUUAGAGGGUAAAUUAGUCUGGAUGAUAUCUAUGAGGGUGCCCAUGUUUACGGAUUUAGGGUUGUACCUGGUAGGUUCCUUGAUAAUUUGUGUGAGAUUGAGGGCAUCUAGUUUAGAUUGCAGGACGGCCGGGGUGUUAAGCAUAUCCCAGUUUAGGUCACCAAGCAGUACGAACUCUGAGGAUAGAUGGGGGGGAAGCAAUUCACAUAUGGUGUCCAGGGCACAACUGGGGGCUGAGGGGUGUCUGUAGCAAGCGGCAACAGUGAGAGACUUAUUUCUGGAAAGGUGAAUUUUUAGAACUGUUUGGGCACAGACCUGGAUAGUAUGAUAGAGCUCUGCAGGCUAUCUCUACAGUAGAUUGCAACUCCGCCCCCUUUGGCAGUUCUAUCUAGAUCGAAAAUGUUGUAAUUCGGAAUGGAAAUUUCUGCAUUUUUGGUGGCCUUCCUAAGCCAGGAUUCAGACACUGCUAGAACAUCAGGGUUGGCGGAGUGUGCUAACGCAGUGAAUAACUCAAACUUGGGGAGGAGGCUUCUGAUGUUAACAUGCAAGAAACCAAGGCUUUUACGGUUACAGAAGUCAACAAAUGAUAGCGCCUGGGGAGUAGGAGUGAUACUGGGGGCUACAGGGCCUGGGUUAACCUCUACAUCACCCAGAGGAACAGAGGAGGAAUAGAAUAAGGAUACGGCUAAAGGCUUUAAGAACUGGUCUUCUAGUGCGUUGGGUACAGAGAAUAAAAGGGGCAGAUUUCCGGCCGUUGUAGAAUAGAUUCAGGGCAUUAUGUACAGACAAGGAUAUGGAAGGAUAUGAGUACAGUGGAGGUACACCUAAGCAUUGUGUAACAAUGAAAGAGGUAGCAUCACUGGAGGUACCGAUUGAGCCGGUCUCCGCGUGUAUGGGGGGUGGGACAAAGGAGCUCUCUGAGGCUGGUUGAGCGGGAGUGGGGGCUUUACAGUGAAAUAGUACAAUUAGAACUAGCCCAAACAGCAAUAGGCUAGGCAUAUUGACAUGGAGAGAGGCAUAACGCAAUCACAGCAGUUAUUCGAGAAGGCUAAGACAACAUCUGGUAAUGGCGACGAAAGUUUGGGCUGAGGCUAAACAAAUAAACAGGAUAAGGUACCGUGUAAAGGAACAGUCCAGCAGGCAUCAGCUGUGUAGCUGAGUGAUUAUAAGGUCCAGUGAACAGCAAUAGGUAAGUCCGGGAGCGGUUACAGCACAGGCGAGCAGGAGGCACGGCUGUUGAUUGCGCGUGCUAGCGGGCCGGGGCUAGCAGAUGGAUCUUCGUGGUCGUCGCAACGGGAAGCUUGUUGAAACCACAUCAGACGAUUACGUCGGCAGACCAGUCGUGAUGGAUCGGCGGGGCUCCGUGUCGACACUAGGAGGUCCCGUCCGGUUGACAGAGAGGUAGAUAGCCGGGAGAUGGGCCUGGCUCGAGGCUAGCUCAAGGCUAACUGGGGCUAGCUUCGGACAGUGGUGAUUAGCCAACAACAACAACAGCCACUCGGUUGCAGCUAGCAAGUUGCGAUGAUCCGGUGUUAAGGUCCAGUGAUUCCAGCAGAAAAUCCGAUAUGCUCUGGGUCGAUAGUACGCUGUGCAGACUGGCCGAUAAUUGUCCAGUCUAGAGCUGGCUGGUAGGUAGUGCAGGCCAUGGACAGUGGUGAAGACCGCUAACGGUGGCUAAAAGCAAGUAGCUAAUUAGCUGGCUAGCUGGCUAGUUUCAGCCGUAGGUUCUUGAUAAAAAUAAAGAAAUAAUAGAAUCCGUUCCACAUUGGGUGAGGCGGGUUGCAGGAAAGUAUAUUUAGUUAAAAUAUGGAAAGUGAGAGAGAAAUACACUGCUCAAAAAAAUAAAGGGAACACUUAAACAACACAAUGUAACUCCAAGUCAAUCACACUUCUGUGAAAUCAAACUGUCCACUUAGGAAGCAACACUGAUUGACAAUACAUUUCACAUGCUGUUGUGCAAAUGGAAUAGACAACAGGUGGAAAUUAUAGGCAAUUAGCAAGACACCCCCAAUAAAGGACUGGUUUUGCAGGUGGUGACCACAGACCACUUCUCAGUUCCUAUGCUUCCUGGCUGAUGUUUUGGUCACUUUUGAAUGCUGGCGGUGCUUUCACUCUAGUGGUAGCAUGAGAUGGAGUCUACAACCCACACAAGUGGCUCAGGUAGUGCAGCUCAUCCAGGAUGGCACAUCAAUGCGAGCUGUGGCAAGAAGGUUUGCUGUGUCUGUCAGCGUAGUGUCCAGAGCAUGGAGGCGUUACCAGGAGACAGGCCAGUACAUCAGGAGACGUGGAGGAGGCCGUAGGAGGGCAACAACCCAGCAGCAGGACUGUUACCUCCGCCUUUGUGCAAGGAGGAGCAGGCGGAGCACUGCCAGAGCCCUGCAAAAUGACCUCCAGCAGGCCACAAAUGUGCAUGUGUCUGCUCAAACAGUCAGAAACAGACUCCAUGAGAGUGGUAUGAGGGCCCGACGUCCACAGGUGGGGGUUGUGCUUACAGCCCAACACCGUGCAGGACGUUUGGCAUUUGCCAGAGAACACCAAGAUUGGCAAACUCGCCACUGGCGCCCUGUGCUCUUCACAGAUGAAAGCAGGUUCACACUGAGCACAUGUGACAGAUGUGACACAGUCUGGAGACGCCGUGGAGAAUGUUCUGCUGCCUGCAACAUCCUCCAGCAUGACCGGUUUGGCGGUGGGUCAGUCAUGGUGUGGGGUGGCAUUUCUUUGGGGGGCCGCACAGCCCUCCAUGUGCUCGCCAGAGGUAGCCUGACUGCCAUUAGGUACCGAGAUGAGAUCCUCAGACCCCUUGUGAGACCAUAUGCUGGUGCAUUUGGCCCUGGGUUCCUCCUAAUGCAAGACAAUGCUAGACCUCAUGUGGCUGGAGUGUGUCAGCAGUUCCUGCAAGAGGAAGGCAUUGAUGCUAUGGACUGGCCCGCCCGUUCCCCAGACCUGAAUCCAAUUGAGCACAUCUGGGACAUCAUGUCUCGCUCCAUCCACCAAUGCCACAUUGCACCACAGACUGUCCAGGAGUUGGCAGAUGCUUUAGUCCAGGUCUGGGAGGAGAUCCCUCAGGAGACCAUCCGCCACCUCAUCUGGAGCAUGCCCAGGCGUUGUAGGGAGGUCAUACAGGCACGUGGAGGCCACACACACUACUGAGCCUCAUUUUGACUUGUUUUAAGAACAUUACAUCAAAGUUGGAUCAGCCUGUAGUUUGGUUUUCCACUUUAAUUUUGAGGGUGACUCCAAAUCCAGACCUCCAUGGGUUGAUAAAUUUGAUUUCCAUUGAUAAUUUUUGUGUGAUUUUGUUGUCAGCACAUUCAACUAUGUAAAGAAAAAAGUAUUUAAUAAGAUUAUUUCAUUCAUUUUGAUCUAGGAUGUGUUGUUUAAGUGUUUUUCUUUAUUUAUUUGAGCAGUGUAUAUACGAAAAAAUACAAAAAACUAAAAAACUGGCUAUUUACAUGAGGACACAACAGAAUACACGACCGCACUGCUACGCCAUCUUGGAUUCAUUAAUUAGACAACUAUCUGUAGACACUAUCAAUGCCUUGCCACUAUCACAGUCUUGACCACUUUCUUUUCAAAGACUCUGAUUCUGAUCCUCUCUGGUGGUGGAGAAAUCACUUUAGAUCUAAUUAGAUAAUAUACAUGCUUUUAAUUCAGCCCAGAAAUUAAUCUAACAUAUACAGUGAGCUCCAAAAGCAUUGGAACAGUGACACAAUUUUUGGUGUUUUGGCUCUGUACAUUUGAAAUGAUGAAACAUGAUACAAAAUGAUAUAAAGUGCAGACUGUCAGCAUAUCGGGUGAACCAUUUACAGCGGCUUGCAAAAGUAUUCACCCUCCUUGGCAUUUUUCCUAUUUUGUUGCCUUACAACCUGGAAUUAAAAUGGAUUUUUUGUGGGUUUGUAUCAUUUGAUUUACACAACAUGCCUUCCACUUCGAAGAUGCAAAAUAUUUUAUCUUGUGAAACAAACAAGAAAUAAGAUCCCCCCAAAAAAAUAUUGAACGUACAUAACUAUUCACCCCCCAAAGUCAAUACUUUGUAGAGCCACCUUUUGCAGCAAUUACAGCUGCAAGUCUCUUGGGGUAUGUCUCUAGCCACUGGGAUGUUUGCCCAUUCUUCAAGGCAAAACUGCUCCAGCUCCUUCAAGUUGGAUGGGUUCCGCUGGUGUACAGCAAUCUUUAAGUCAUACCACAGAUUCUCAAUUGGAUUGGGGUCUGGGCUUUGACUAGGCCAUUCCAAGACAUUUAAAUGUUUCCCCUUAAACCACUCGAGUGUUGCUUUAGCAGUAUGCUUAGGGUCAUUGUCCCGCUGGAAGGUGAACCUCCGUCCCAGUCUCAAAUCUCUGGAAGACUGAAACAGGUUUCCCUCAAGAAUUUCCCUGUAUUUAGCGCCAUCCAUAAUUCCUUCAAUUCUGACCAGUUUCCCAGUCCCUGCCGAUGAAAAACAUCCCCACAGCAUGAUGCUGCUGCCACCACCAUGCUUCACUGUGGGGAUGGUGUUCUCGGGGUGAUGAGAGAUGUUGGGUUUGCGUUUUCCUUGAUGGCCAAAAAGUUCAAUUUUAGUCUCAUCUGACUAGAGUACCUUCUUCCAUAUGUUUGGGGAGUCUCCCACAUGCCUUUUGGCGAACACCAAACAUGUUUGCUUAUUUCUUUCUUUAAACAAUGGCUUUUUUCUGGCAACUCUUCCAUAAACCCCAGCUCUGUGGAGUGUACGGCUUAAAGUGGAUACUCCAAUCUCCGCUGUGGAGCUUUGCAGCUCCUUCAGGGUUAUCUGUGGUCUAUUUGUUGCCUCUCUGAUUAAUGCUCUCCUUGCCUGGUCCGUGAGUUUUGGUGGGCGGCCUUCUCUUGGCAGAUUUGUUGUGGUGCCAUAUUCUUUCAAUUUUUUUAUAAUGGAUUUAAUGGUGCUCCGUUGGAUGUUCAAAGUUUUGGAUAUUUUUUUAUAACCCAACCCUGAUCUGUACUUCUCCACAACAUUGUUCCUGACCUGUUUGGAGAGCUCCUUGGUCUUCAUGGUGCCGCUUGCUUGGUGGUAUCCAUUGCUUAGUGGUGUUGCAGACUCUGGGGCCUUUCAGAACAGGUGUAUAUAUACUGAGAUCAUGUGUCAGAUCAUGUGACACUUAGAUUGCACACAGGUGGACUUUAUUUAACUAACUAUGUGACUUCUGAAGAUAAUUGGUUUCACCAGAUCUUAUUUAGGGGCUUUAUAGCAAAGGGGGUGAAUACAUACAGUGGGCAGAACAAGUAUUUGAUACACUGCCGAUUUUGCAGGUUUUCCUACUUACAAAGCAUGUAGAGGUCUGUAAUUUUUUAUCAUAGGUACACUUCAACUGUGAGAGACUGAAUCUAAAACAAAAAUCCAGAAAAUCACAUUGUAUGAUUUUUAAGUAAUUAAUUUGCAUUUUAUUGCAUGACAUAAGUAUUUGAUCACCUACCAACCAGUAAGAAUUCCGGCUCUCACAGACCUGUUAGUUUUUCUUUAAGAAGCCCUCCUGUUCUCCACUCAUUACCUGUAUUAACUGCAUCUGUUUGAACUCGUUACUUGUAUAAAAGACACCAGUCCACACACUCAAUCAAACAGACUCCAACCUCUCCACAAUGGCCAAGACCAGAGAGCUGUGUAAGGACAUCAGGGAUAACAUUGUAGACCUGCACAAGGCUGGGAUGGGCUACAGGACAAUAGGCAAGCAGCUUGGUGAGAAGGCAACAACUGUUGCCGCAAUUAUUAGAAAAUGGAAGAAGUUCAAGAUGACGGUCAAUCACCCUCGGUCUGGGGCUCCAUGCAAGAUCUCACCUCGUGGGGCAUCAAUGAUCAUGAGGAAGGUGAGGGAUCAGCCCAGAACUACAUGGCAGGACCUGGUCAAUGACCUGAAGAGAGCUGGGACCACAGUCUCAAAGAAAACCAUUAGUAACACACUACGCCGUCAUGGAUUAAAAUCCUGCAGCGCACGCAAGGUCCCCCUGCUCAAGCCAGCGCAUGUCCAGGCCCGUCUGAAGUUUGCCAAUGACCAUCUGGAUGAUCCAGAGGAGGAAUGGGAGAAGGUCAUGUGGUUUGAUGAGACAAACAUAGAGCUUUUUGGUCUAAACUCCACUCGCCGUGUUUGGAGGAAGAAGAAGGAUGAGUACAACCCCAAGAACACCAUCCCAACCGUGAAGCAUGGAGGUGGAAACAUCAUUCUUUGGGGAUGCUUUUCUGCAAAGGGGACAGGACGACUGCACCGUAUUGAGGGGAGGAUGGAUGGGGCCAUGUAUCGCGAGAUCUUGGCCAACAACCUCCUUCCCUCAGUAAGAGCAUUGAAGAUGGGUCGUGGCUGGGUCUUCCAGCAUGACAACGACCCGACACACACAGCCAGGGCAACUAAGGAGUGGCUCCGUAAGAAGCAUCUCAAGGUCCUGGAGUGGCCUAGCCAGUCUCCAGACCUGAACCCAAUUGAAAAUCUUUGGAGGGAGCUGAAAGUCUGUAUUGCCCAGCGACAGCCCCAAAACCUGAAGGAUCUGGAGAAGGUCUGUAUGGAGAAGUGAGCCAAGAUCCCUGCUGCAGUGUGUGCAAACCUGGUCAAGACCUACAGGAAACAUAUGAUCUCUGUAAUUGCAAACAAAGGUUUCUGUACCAAAUAUUAAGUUCUGCUUUUCUGAUGUAUCAAAAUACUUAUGUCAUGCAAUAAAAUGCAAAUUAAUUACUUAAAAAUCAUACAAUGUGAUUUUCUGGAUUUUUGUUUUAGAUUCCGUCUCUCACAGUUGAAGUGUACCUAUGAUAAAAAUUACAGACCUCUACAUGCUUUGUAAGUAGGAAAACCUGCAAAAUCGGCAGUGUAUCAAAUACUUGUUCUCCCCACUGUAUGCACGCACCGCUUUUCAGUUAUUUAUUUUUUUUGAAUUUUUUUCAUUUCACUUCACCAAUGUGGACUAUUUUGUGUCUGUCCAUUACAUGAAAUCCAAAUAAAAAUCCAUUUAAAUUACUGGUUGUAAUGCAACAAAAUAGGAGAAACGCCAAGGGGGAUGAAUACUUUUGCAAGGCACUGUAGAGGUUACAGCGCUCUUUGUACAUAGUCCUCCAUUUUAGAGGACCAAAAGUAUUGGGACAAAUUCACUUAUAUGUGUAUUAAAGUCAAAAAAAGUGUUUGGUCCCAUAUUCAUAGCACGCAAUGACUACAUUAAGCUUGUGACUCUACAAAUUUGUUUGAUGCAUUUGCUGUUUGUUUUGGUUGUGUUUCAGAUUAUUUUGUCCCCAAUAUAAAUUUAUGUUAAAUAAUGUAUUGUGUCUUAUUUUAAAUAAGAAUAUAAUAUGUUUCUAAACACUUUACAUUAACGUGGAUUUUACCAUAAUUACGGAUAAUUCUGAAUGAAUCGUGAAUAAUGAGAAAGUUACAGACGCAUAAAUAUCAUAACCCCCCAAGAAUGCUAGCCUCCUGUCACGCCCUGGCUCUGGGGACUCUUAUAUGUUGAGCCAGGGUGUGGAUUUUCUAUGUGUUAUUUUCUAUGUUUUGUUCUAGUUCGUGUAUUUCUAUGUUGGCCAGGGUGGUUCCCAAUCAGAGGCAGCUGUAGCUUGUUGUCUCUGAUUGGGGACCAUACUUAGGCAGCCUGUUUGGCACUGUUUAUUGUGGGAUCUUGUUCCGUAUGGUUUGUUUUGGUGUUAACCUAGGACUUUACGUAUCGUUUGGUUUGUUGUUUUGUUCGUGUGUGUUAAGUACGUUAAUUAAAUAAAAUGUACGCUUACCACGCUGCGCCUUGGUCCGUCGCAUCAUGUAACGAACUUGACACCUCCCCUGUUAUUGUAAUGUUGAGAGGUUAGCAUGUCUUGGGGGUAUGAUAUUUGUAUGUGUAGUGCUGGAGUACAGAACCAAAGCAACCAAAAAAUGUGUCACUGUCCCAAUAAUUUUGGAGCUCACUGUAACUUAUACUUUUACUUAUACUUUUUAGUUGGCCCAAAUUUAGCUCCAACAUGAGAAAGGGCAGGCAACAAUUCUGUUAACUUAAAAUGAUGUGUUUGCUCAAAUUGUCUCAUAUGUUCAUUCAACUAGAAAUUCUUAUUUCGGCAUCUUACCUGAAAAAAUGCUGUGGAACUAGUUACACACACAGUGCCUUGACCACACAACAUUUUCAACUUACAUACAGCAUUUGACACAUAUGAUUACAUUGUGCAUGUUCAUUUAUACAGUAAUUAAUAUUCAACAUAUUUGAACUCAAACCCUCUAGGUUCACAUCAUUCCAAUCUUCCUGCUAUGCCACCAUGGCUGUGUCAAUAAGUGAUUUCACCUGUAUUACUACACUUAGCACUUAAAAGUAAAUAUCAGCUCUAUUAAAACUACACUCAAGAAAAACUAUUGUAUUCAUCAUAGUGAUUAAGGAGUCAAAUUAAAACAGAGUAAUAUGCUCCAUAAACACUAUCCAGAAAAACCUAAAAUGUAUUAAAUAAGUCAAUCAAAUCAAUGAUGAGAGAACAGUCAGAUUAACUGAUAAUUGACACAGACAUGUUGGUGUAGCAGGAAGAUCGGAAUGCCUUGAAUCAAGAGGUUGUGAGUUCAAAUACCAGGUGACGACAUGUUGAAUAAUAAUUACUAUAUAAAUGAACAUGCACAAUGUCUGUCAAAUAUGGAAGCAGAAAAUAUUGUAUGUUAAAAGCACUGACUGUGUGUGUAACCAUAACCAGUUGGACUGCUGUUUUUAGUUAAGAUGCCCAAAUAAUAAUUUAUAGUUGAAUGAACAUUCAGUAUGUUACAAGUUGAGCAAACACAUCAUUUUAAAUUGACUGAAUUUUUGCCAAAGUUUUCCCAAGAUGGAGCUAAGUUUGGGCCAACAAUAAUUGUUUUGUUCAGGUAACACAAAAAAAGACUGUGGAACCAGUUACUUAAUAAUAAUUAGUCGAAACAACUAGAUAUCCAUCUCAACUCACAGUACAUUGAAAUUCUCAAUAAAUACAAAAUAAUCCCUCCAUUGAUUGAGACGUGACUAUAUCUGUUGGUGUCUGUUCUACUCAGUGUUUACCAGAUGCACCCUUGUAAAGAGGACGUCAGGGGGUUCCACAGCAUCUGCCAAAAACAUAUGUCUCUUCCCUGUCACUGUCAUUGACGUGAAUCAGUACAAUCACCUGUUGUCCACUCCAGCAGCAUUGCAACAUGAACCAUCCUAUCUUGUCUUAUGGAGAAAUAACACAUAUUUGUCAUCUCUUUCAGCACAGCUGCACAGCGACCUCUACAUUGCAUUGCCAUUCUCUUGAAUUAUUUAUUAACUUUCCUAGCAUUCAACAUUUAGCAGAAACAGUAGCUACACUUUGAUUCCCCCCAUACAAUCACAUGUAGUAUGAAUUCCAACCCAUGCUUGUUGGUCAUGGGAUGUUAUCAGACAUCUUUCUAGACUGUGUGCUGUAAAUAGUGUGUGUGUGCAUAAGGAGCCAGUGUAGCAUCUGUGCAACGGACCAUACAAAUGUGGAUGGGGACCAACUGUGCAUCAGUAAUUGGAAAAGCAGUAUUUUUAAAGAAUGGCAGCUUCAAGCUUCACAGUAUGGCAUACAAAUGAUGACAAUUACACUUUGUAGAUAGUCACACUGGGUGUUUGUCCACACAAUUCAUAGAAUAGAAUACAACUUUAUUGUCCAUUAGUUAGAACAGAAAUGUGUCUUCUGCCUUUCCCAACACCCCCAGAUACACACACAAACACAAACACGUUGAGAGGCACAGGGUCAGUAGCAGUGCAGCGCCCCUGGAUGGAGAGCAAUUGUGGGGGUCAGGUUCCUUGCUCAAGGGCACAAUGUACAUGGGAUCAGAGACCAGCAGCCUUACAGCUAUCAGUUCAGUUCCAUUCCCAUUUUUGUGUUGCCCGGCCCAUGGGCUUGAAUCAGCAAUCUUCUGGCUGUGUCUUCUGCCUUUCCCAACACCCCCAGAUAUAUGGGAUUUACAUCAAACAGAGAUAACACAGAGAUCAAUAUGUUGCACGUUCAUCUAAUUGUAGGGUCUGGCACGAUGUCAGUGAUAUGAGUCGACACUUAACGCAUGAUGUUCUAUUUUUAAAUAAAUCUAUUUUUGGUAGCUUUGGGGAGUCGAUCGAGUGUGUAGCAUACGGGUGUGGGUGAUGGGUGAUAUAUAUACAACAAAAGCAUCCCCGGAGACACACCAUAGGAAAGACUGCGCUGCGUGUUUGCAAAGCUUUCAAUCAGUGCACUGCGCAAUUGCGCAACGAGGGGUAGUUGCGCUAGCAAGGCAAGGAAUAAAUACUUGGAAACUAACUGCAGUCACACGUGCAGGGGUGUCUCUAUUUUGUUAAUCACCCGUCCCCGGAGACAGUGGUUCAGUCCGUAUCACAUAACAUCCAUGAUACUUGGAUGUGCUUCCUUGCCACUCCCCAUAGUGAGCCGGCUGUAUAGUUACAUGGAGACACCAGAAGGACAACGAAUAAUAAUUGUGACACAGUGUCGGAUGUUUAUGUUUGGACCUCGUAGUUCCAGCAAGAUGCUAUAUGUAAUUUGUUUCAGAAACUGGAUGGUGGAUUCAAUUGUCAAAAGUCCGUAUUUUUGAGCGGGACGCACGCACCAUGCCUAUAGCGGACAUACCUGUCUUUGUGUUUGUAGUAGUGGUCAUCGUUGUCUCGUUGCUGUCCAACGUGGUGGUGCUUAUCUGCUUUCUGUACAACCAAGAGAUUCGAAAGCAGGUUCCCGGGUUGUUUAUCCUCAACCUCACCUUCUGCAACCUGUUUCUUACCGUUUCUACCAUGCCUCUAACUCUGGUCGGACUUAUCAACAAAGGAAACCCUGGAAGUAGCGGGUUCUGUCAAACUGUGGGUUUUCUGGACACUUUUCUCACCACGAACUCAAUGCUCAGUAUGGGGGCUUUGAGCAUCGAUAGAUGGGUGGCGGUGGUUUUUCCGCUGAGCUACCACUCCAGAAUACGACACCGGGACGCAGUGAUAGCUCUGGCAUACACGUGGAUACACUCGCUCUCCUUCGCCACGGUGGCCACUUGCCUCUCCUGGGUUGGGUACCAUCACCUUUACGCAUCGUGUACGCUCUGCAAUGCGAGAGCAAGCGACACCCAGACGCAGUUCAUCAUCUACACUGUGGUUUUACACUCGCUCACUUUUCUCCUGACCUUGAUCGUGUUGUGUGUAACGUACCUGAAAGUGCUGAAAGUUGCGCGGUUUCACUGUAAACGCAUCGACGUGAUCACUAUGCAGACCUUAUUGCUGCUUGUGGAUAUUCACCCUAGGUAAGCUGUUAAGCCUUGUCUGAUUCAUUUACUUUUUACAUGUUUUAAGAUUAGCCCUUAUUUACGAUUGUUUUGGUACUGCCCAAAUGUAGCUUGUUUUAGGUCGCAGGUUCAGGAAUGGCUGAAGAAUUGCAACAUUUACCUGGAGCCAACUCGGCAAAUAGCACUGCAGGGUGAUUUGAAAAAUCAUAGUCAAUUGAUCAAUCAAUCAAACCAAAAAAUAUAAUGUAAAACAUACUGUGUCCGUAAAAUGUAAAUAUUAUGUAUAAGCUGGAAGUAGAAGCUUAAGUAUUGUUGUCGUUUAGUUUACUCCAAUUAGGGGAUAGGUGGUAGGGCGAAAAUAUACAGUAUAUUUACAAAACAUAUAUAUAGGGGAUUAGAAAUGAAGACAAUUACAUUGAUAGAAGCCACAAUCUAUCUGCAAUAUUAAAGCUAAUCUACCCCCUAAAAUAUAUAUAAAAAAAAUAACAAAUAAAUAAUGAUUAGCCCACAAAUUGUGAUUGCACAAUGCGACUUCAGUGGCGUUAUGAUUGAUUUCAGCACCACAGUUUUGGUCCAAUGUUCCGGUCUCAGAUCUCAGCCCCCUUUAUCAAAACUAAAAUGACACAAAUAUAUUCCAACCCGAAAACUAUUCACAUACAGAUCAAAACCAUUAUAAAUUGUGAUUUAAAUUCACGAGUUGAAUAGCCUAGACAGGCAUUAUUGGCAGUUAGUUAACCAAUAAUCAUCAAAUUUGCCUUGCAUUUUCAUAUCUUGUCAUAGGCAAUACUAUGGUCAUGCCAACAUUACAAUAUCCUACAUACAGCAAAGUAAAAAUAAUUCCACAUUUUUAACAUUAGUUUUAAUAAAAUCAAAUACAUCAAAAUGCUCUGAUGUGGAUCCUUUACAUUCUUUGAGAUGAGAUACAGUAUUAGAUCAGUUUAGGUCUACUCAGCCCAGCUUUCCUCAAACAUUCAAAGAGCUGUUCAGUGAGGGAUGAGAAAGAUGUGAGCAGAGAUAUGAUUGAAUCACCCUGAAGCAUUUUCUCUCUACAUCAUAGAUGUUAGGAUAUUAGCAUGUGUAAUUAUUUCUGGAUAUAGUUAACAUCCAUGUCAUGUAUGGUUUACUGUAUUUGAUGAUCCCUUUUCAAUCACCUCCACAUUACAUAACUCAAGUAGUUAAACUAGCCUCAAAUCAGUCAAUUAACGUCAUCUCACUGUCUGCAUCACUUUCUCUUAUGUUAUCAUUCCUUUAUCUUUCUAAGCUAUGCUGUGGUCAACUCCAUGUUAUUACCAGUCAAUUAAAGAAUAAGAAUGGACCUGGAAUUCGACUUGAUUUACAUAAUGGAUGUGUUACUGUUCAGAUAUCUUGAACAAUCCAUUGGCAUUGACCUGAAGCUGAGCUCUGACACUGUCCAUAGAAGCAUGCUGUUUUCCUCAUCACCCUUCAUCCCUCUCGAGAGGCCAUGUUUAAACCUGUGUUCCUGUACGUCCCUUGGGGUGAUAAUGGUCCCCUCUGUCCUUUGGUAGUGUACGCCAGCGAUGCCUGGAUGAGCAGAGACAGCGGAGGCAGAGAGCCACCAAGAAGAUCAGCACAUUCAUUGGAACGUUUGUGGUGUGCUUCUCCCCCUACGUCAUUACGAGGUGAGCAGAGGUUCAAAUCUACCCUCAACAACACUGUGCAUGUGUGGUAGUGUUACAUUGUGAGAUUGGCUGCUGUGAUGACAUCAGUUCCCCAUCUGAGACCAAUGAAGUUGUCUACUUCCUGCGCCAAUGACUUGUGCUUUAGCCCAGUGGGUAAAAUGAUUGAAUUUGCAAUGAGGACAACUGCUUUGUGUUAAUGAAUUUCAAUUCAGGAUUCGGCCAUAGUCAAUUUCUACAACCCCAUCUGACUAUGUUCAAUUGAUCCAGUGUCUCAAUCACUAAUCAAUCAGCUUGAGGGUGAUUUUGUUGUAACCCUAGAAGGAGAGGUUCAUAGAUGCAUGUUUAUUUUUUUCAUACGGUUUAGGAGGAAGCCCCAGGGAAGAGAGAAAUAGAAAGAGUAUAAGAGAAAGACAAUCCAUGGGAGAAUUAGCAUGAGAGGACGUGUGAUUAUGAGUAAGUCAGAGACCAUGACGAUACUUCUCAUUAAACCUGCUACCUAUUGUAGAAGUGCAGCACCAACCCUUCAGAAGCAGAUACAAUAUAACCGUGAAGAAGAAGAUCACAUCAGGGGGUAUAAUGAUAGUGAGAUCCUCAUUGUGAGUUUGAUAGCUGCUGUGAAUUAUACGACCAGUGACCUGACCUAAACAUUCAGAGAAUAAGCCUUGUCCUUGUGUAACGCCUCUAUACAGCAUGAUAAUGACAGUGAGACAAACAAGAGCAACUCCACAUCCCCUAACAGUCACUAUCGAAUCAGAGCCAUGGCAUUUUGAAGCGAAAUGUUGGAAUUUUGUUAAGCUAGUUAAUAAAGAGUUUCCUCCGGAAAUUAGGAUUUUUGACAUCUGUGUUGUAUUUUUACUGGUCUAUGAAACAGUCAUUUUAAGCUAAACACUGUUAAUAAUAUAACUUAUUCUGUGUGUUUGUCAUGGCAGAAUCGUGGAGAUCCUCACCCCAGGACACAUAAGCCCUCACUGGGGUGUCCUGUCCAAGUGUUUGGCCUACAGCAAGGCAGCCUGCGACCCUUUUGUCUACUCACUGCUCCGAAACCAGUACAGGAAGACAUGCAGUGACCUGGCCAACAAGAUCUUGAAGAGGAGGUCCUUUAACUCCUCCGUCCGCAGGGUGGAGAACGGCAGGACCAACGAUACCAACAACACCAAACCCAUUGUGAAGGGCCUUGCUAUUGCCUGACUAUGGCAAGAUGGAGACAUUGAGGUACCUACAUACCUACAGUGAGGGAAAAAAGCAUUUGAUCCCUUGCUGAUUUUGUACGUUUGCCCACUGACAAAGAAAUGAUCAGUCUAUAAUUUUAAUGGUAGGUUUAUUUGAACAGUGAGAGACAGAAUAACAACAAAAUAAUCCAGAAAAACGCAUGUCAAAAAUGUUAUAAAUUGAUUUGCAUUUUAAUGAGGGAAAUAAGUAUUUGACCCCCUCUCAAUCAGAAAGAUUUCUGGCUCCCAGGUGUCUUUUAUAAUAAUAAUAAUAAUAAUAUGCCAUUUAGCAGACACUUUUAUCCAAAGCGACUUACAGUCAUGCGUGCAUACAUUUUUUAUUUUUUGUGUAUGGGUGGUCCCGGGGAUCGAACCCACUACCUUGGCGUUACAAGCGCCGUGCUCUACCAGCUGAGCUACAGAGGACCACGUACUGGUAACGAGCUGAGAUUAGGAGCACACUCUUAAAGGGAGUGUUCCUAAUCUCAGUUUGUUACCUGUAUAAAAGACACCUGUCCACAAAAGCAAUCAAUCAAUCAGAUUCCAAACUCUCCACCAUGGCCAAGACCAAAGAGCUCUCCAAGGAUGUCAGGGACAAGAUUGUAGACCUACACAAGGCUGGAAUGGACUACAAGACCAUUGCCAAGCAGCUUGGUGAGAAGGUGACAAAAGUUGGUGCGAUUAUUCGCAAAUGGAAGAAACACAAAAGUACUGUCAAUCUCCCUCGGCCUGGGGCUCCAUGCAAGAUCUCACCUCGUGGAGUUGCCAUGAUCAUGAGAAUGGUGAGGAAUCAGCCCAGACAUACACGGGAGGAUCUUGUCAAUGAUCUCUAGGCAGCUGGGACCAUAGUCACCAAGAAAACAAUUGGUAACACACUACGCCGUGAAGGACUGAAAUCCUGCAGCGCCCGCAAGGUCCCCCUGCUCAAGAAAGCACAUAUACAUGCCCGUCUGAAGUUUGCCAAUGAACAUCUGAAUGAUUCAGAGGAGAACUGGGUGAAAGUGUUGUGGUCAGAUGAGACCGAAAUGGAGCUCUUUGGCAUCAACUCAACUCGCCGUGUUUGGAGGAGGAGGAAUGCUGCCUAUGACCCCAAGAACACCAUCCCCACCGUCAAACAUGGAGGGGGAAACAUUAUGCUUUGGGGACAGGACAACUUCACCGCAUCAAAGGGACGAUGGAUGGGGCCAUGUACCGUCAAAUAUUGGGUGAGAACCUCCUUCCCUCAGCCAGGGCAUUGAAAAUGGGUUGUGGGAUGGGUAUUCCAUCAUGACAAUGACCCAAAACACACGGCCAAGGCAACAAAGGAGUGGCUCAAGAAGAAGCACAUUAAGGUCCUGGAGUGUCCUAGCCAGUCUCCAGACCUUAAUCCCAUAGAAAAUAUGUGGAGGGAGCUGAAGGUUCGAGUUGCCAAACGUCAGCCUCGAAACCUUAAUGACUUGGAGAAGAUCUGCAAAGAGGAGUGGGACAAAAUCCCUCCUGAGAUGUGUGCAAACCUGGUGGCCAACUACAAGAAACGUCUGACCUCUGUGAUUGCCAACAAGAGUUUUGCCACCAAGAACUAAAUCAUGUUUUGCAGAGGGGUCAAAUACUUAUUUCCAUCAUUAAAAUGCAAAUCAAUUUAUAAAAUUUUUGACAUGCGUUUUUCUGGAUGUUUUUGUUGUUAUUCUGUCUCUCAACCUACCAUUAAAAUUAUAGACUGAUCAUUUCUUUGUCAGUGGGCAAAUGUAUAAAAUCAGCAGGGGAUCAAAUACUUUUUCCCCUCACUGUAAGUACUGAGUCUUGGUUGGAGAGUGGAGAGGGUUGAACAGACCUUAGAAGAGAUUGCUGCUAUGUAUCGAUUUCGUACUUUCGCAAUUUUGAGUGUGGUUAAGUGUUGCUCUGUUGUCUCAUGGUGUGACAUGAGUGAGAAAACG